UUUAUCAUUUCUCUGGACAUAACUUUACUUAGUUUCGAUAGUUGCGAAAGUUUGUAAAGUAGCAGACAAAAGUGCACUUGGUAUAUAACUACUUACUGAAAAAGUAUCCGAGUCACUUCGCUGAUGAGAGUCCAAGAUGCAAUUUCACGGGAUACGCUUCGGAGACACGCGAUGUCGAGCGACACGAUUUCGUCUCCUCGGUGUCUUCAGUCUUCUCUUGACUCUCCGCCUCAACGAUUGCCCGGCCACAGGAAAAACGACGGUCUCGUAAACGAAUUUGCUGGCGCAUGAUUAAGUCGCCCAAACUCGCGAGUCGCGUGUCUCAGAUGCGCAUUAAUCUCUUCCUCGAUUUUACCUCUUGAUUGACACUCUAUUAAUUAUAUUUUUCUUUACCUAAAGUGUUUUUUUCAUUUUUGCUAUAUUAUAAUCUUUUCAUAUUUCGUUUUUUAAAACCAUCGUCCCUCGUCGACUGACGGUUCCUGGAAGCGCAAUGACAAUCGGCGAUCCGUCAGAUCGGUCGUCGGAAUCGGGAGGAUCUUCCGGUGACGUCGAAAUUAACGUCGAUGCACGUAAAACUAGUAUAUUCACCCUUUAUGCAAGAAUAUUUCGGCUGCUUCUCACAUCGCAGACACCGAAGCUCAACGACGAGCUACAUGAGAGGGAACUCGAAAAGUUGAUUUUGCCAAGCAAUGAAGAAUGGCGUCACCGAGUUUAUCACAGUCUCGUCGAAUUACAGAGAGAAAAGGACUCUGAGACCGAGGAUAAAAGGUCGGAGGAUUCUAAACGGCAUAUGAGCCGAAAGAAUUCGCAGGAUUGGGAGUGCUCCAUAGAAAAAGGACAUCUUCCCAAGGGAAGGAAAGACGAAAGUCAGGAUAUUGUUGCUUCCUUGAAGGCCAUCUCGGGAAGUAGUGGCUCGAUGACGGAAGCUUGCGUGGAACCGGGUUGGCGUGUCAACGACAUCGUACUAGCUGCCCAGGUUCUCCAAAAUGCUCAACCCUCUCCGAGUUAUGCUAACGAAGCUGAAAUGAGACGUGUCUUCGGUCUAGUAUACGACGUUUUGAGAUAUAAGAACAUUUUAAACCGUGCUCUCGAAGACAGUGGAUUUUGGCAGGAAAAUUCCGCCCUGAAACAACGAGAGAAGGUGGUCUGGUUAUUAUUGUACGAUAUGCAGGGGAGAAAAUUUGCACGUCGACGCAAUGGAAACGCACUUGAGACUCGAAACAGAAUAUUCAAGACUUUCGGACUAAAAGAUAUCGAAGAUGCUCUUUUGAUGUCAAAAACCCAUCUGGCAGCAAGCAUCUCGCGUCUCCGUAUCGGCGGUUCGGCUCUCAGUCUUGACGAGCUUCUUCCGAUGCACUUGCGUACCGCCGAGGGGAUAAACUGGUCCGACGAAGGCGCGAUUGCUUCCGGAUGGAUCAACACCAUGAGAGUAGCUGAUAGGGACGAGUUCAUCAAGGACAUGUCGCAGCUAAAACUCGAACUCUGCGACGAUAUUAAAGCCGCGGAGCUCAACGAGACCGACUACAUCUUCGAUCCAGUUUGCCCGAAGAUGAUCAACUUGCACGACAAGGCGCGAGAGAGACUCGCCGUGUCCGACCUGGUUCGCAGCCAUCGGUUCGUCUUUCUGGAAAGAUCCUUGUGUCUCGGAGCGGCCAUGCUGGCGCAGGCGAUUCGCGUCGCGCGUCUUUGCGGACCUGUGAUCCUCACGCAUUCGAUCGCUCCUCGUCAUACGGGUUACUUGGCGGGACUCCUGGCUGACAUCGAAGACGCCGGGAGGCUGUUGGUCUUCGGCGCCGGAGAUCAUCGCUGCGAGUACGAGGCUUAUCUCGGGAGUCUGGGUGUUACUCUGCAACAUUGUCGAGUUUUCUCCCAAAAAUAUGUCUCGCCACCAGCGUCUAUCGAGUUAGAAAGAGCGACCGUCGUUCUAGCGACUCCUCCGUGUAGUUACACCGGCAUCCGGGACAUCGUAGACCUCGCUGUCGCACGUGACGGUGACAUUAGUCUAUUGGAAUCGUUAACUAGCGAUUUGGCCGGUGAAACCAAGCAACCCCGCGCUUUACUCGCUGAACAAUUUUCCACCCUCAAAUACGCGUUAACCAGGCCGAACAUACAGUUCCUGAUAUAUCAAGUGCAUACAAUUCUGCCGUCCGAAACUACGGAAAUGAUUCAACAGGUUGUCGAAUAUGCCAAUCGGAUAGCCACAGAGAAGUACAUUCGCGAACAUCCUCCGAAAAGAAAGACUGUGUCAAAAGAUGAUAGCGGGAAAGGUUCGAAGAUAGUCAGACAAGCCAGGCAGGAACAAUUGAAGGAACAGUCGGAGGGUCAAUUGCAGGUGCAACCCGAACAAACGAUCUCGAUCAAGCAGGAAGAGGAGGAAGAGGAUGAAGUGUCGUUAGUUACGACUGACAUUGUUAUCCCCGAUAGUGAUUUGUUCGAAGUGGGAAGUAUCGAUGAAAUUUACGGCGAGGAUAGCGAACAGAUGUUGGAUCCGGGUUGCUUCGUCGCCAUAAUCAAACGAAAGGAGAUGAUGCAGUUUGAUUCGCUUUUCAUGAUCAAAGUCGCGGAGUCCAAAGGACUGUUUGGCAAUCCCGACAAGGAACGAAAGCAGAAAGCCGAGGUAACACCGGCAGCGCGUCAAAUAUCACGAACGAAUCGCCGAGGUCUCAAGCGUGCCAAGAAAUACGAUCUGUAUCGACUCGAUAAAGGGCCGACCGAGGAAUCGACCCUAAAUGUUGACGAUGCCACGUACGCUCUCAAAAAAAUGAACUACAUACGUCGAAUGGAGCACAAAGCCGCCGAAUUGUACAGACAGCGGCUCAUCAAUGGUUUCUUACACUUAUACGCCGGUCAGGAAGCUAUAGCAGUGGGUCUGAGAAUGGCCAUGGCCGAGAAGGACACUGUCAUCACGGCGUACAGGUGUCACGGUUUCGCCGUCGUGUUUGACAUUCCGGUGCGCAUGGUACACGCGGAAAUCAUGGGUCGUAAAACGGGCGCAGCCAAGGGUAAGGGCGGUUCGAUGCACAUGUACGCACCGAAAUUUUACGGCGGCGACGGUAUCGUCGGCGGACAGGUACCAAUCGGCACUGGUAUGGCCCUGGCCCAUAAGUACAACGGUACAGGCGGCGUGGCUUUCACAUUGUACGGCGAUGGCGCGGCCUCGCAGGGCCAAGUCUUCGAGGCCUGGAAUAUGGCGAAGCUUUGGAAUUUACCAGCGGUUUACAUCUGCGAGAAUAACCGAUACGGCAUGGGCACGGCCGUGCACCGGUCCUGCGCGAAUACGCAGUUAUAUACACGCGGAGAUCUUAUACCGGGAAUAAGGGUCGACGGGAUGAAGGUCGUGGAUGUUCGAGAAGCUAUACGUUUCGGCAGAGAUUACGCACUCAGAAACGGACCAAUCGUGAUAGAGAUGACAACCUAUCGUUAUUUUGGACAUAGUAUGAGCGAUCCCGGCUUCUCAUAUCGCACUAGAGAAGAAAUUAAGACUGUACAAACCGAGCAAGAUCCAAUCAUGUUGUUGAACAAGGUCGUCGUAGGAAAAGGACUUAUGACCGAGAAAGAAGUUGAGGAUAUACGAAGUACAAUGUACAAGAAGGUCGAUGAGGAAAUGGCGCAAGCCAAGGCCGAUGAAUGGCCGGAAUUGUCGGAAAUUUCGGCCAAUAUUUACGUCAAACCAUUGGAAAAGGUUCGCGGUAAAGUUCCUUGGGAAACAUACUAGAGAAUAAUCGUGUAUAUAAUUUGCCAUCGGUGAAAAUUAUUUGUUAAUCCUGUGCUCAAAGAUGUAAA